GUUCGGAGCAAGUUUCUAUCACAGAAUGUGCCGCGCUAAGAGACAUCAGUUAAUGGAUCCUCCGGCGGGCCACGGUGUUACUCGAUUCUCAGAUCUAACGGCUGGAGUUUCAGAACAACGCUUGAGAAUUGAGAGUUUUGAGAUUUCCUUCUGAUGUGAAUGUUGCUCCCAUUCUUCCUAGAAUUGAAAACGAUCUCCUCAAUAGGAAGCCUUGUCCAAAGAUUUGCUCAAAAUCGAUAUUUAGAGAACAAUUUGUUGAAAUAACCGUUGAUUCUGUAAGAAGGAGAUUAAGGAAGACUGAGUUUUGGAUUAGCAAUAUGAGAGUUGGUGAAACAAUCUGUAAUUGUGAAAUUGGUGCGAUUUGGAUUUGGAAAGUUGCAAUAGCGAGUUCCAGUGUUUUGGACUUGUGAAACCGGUUUAGAACCGGUUUAGUAAAAUGAUAAACCGGUUUAUUAUUUUUGAAUUUAAAUGGACUGGUUUAGUUAUUUUAUUAACUGCGUUGCCAGUAGCAUUCUUUCUCCGUUGUUCGCCCCUCUCUCUCCGGCGGCAGCGCUUUCUCUUGGUUGGUCACUUCUCUCUCACCGGAGGUAGCUUUCUCUCUCCGCUGGUCGCUUCUCUCUCACCAGAGUUAGAUUUCUCUCUCCGUUGGUAGCUUCUCUCUCACCGGAGCUGUUGCUAGUUGCUACCUUUUGCUGGAAGUUACAAGAGGCUAUCCAUUUCAUCCUCUAUGAAGUUUACAUGUUUGAGCAAAGGAAGAGGCUUUCACUUCCCACCAUGUCACAUGCUGAAUUUUUGUGGGAUUAGGAUCUUAUUGGAUUGCCCGCUGGAUCUUUCUGCUCUUAUGGCCUUCUCUCCUGUACCUACUUCUUUGGAUGCCUCGUCAUUUGAAGAAAGCAAUAACAAUGAGAAGAGACAGAAAAUUGAAGAUCUCCUUGAAGCUAAAAGCUUAUUUUUUGCAGAACCUUGGUACAAGACUGUUAAUAGUUUGCAUUUAUGGAAUGCCUCUUUAAUUGAUGUCAUAUUAAUCUCUAGUCCAAUGGGUAUUAUGGGAUUGCCCUUUCUUACUCGGAAGAAAGGUUUUUCAGCUAAGAUCUAUGUAACCCUAGCAUCAACAAGAUUAGGCCAGUUAAUGAUGGAAGAUCUUGUAUCAAUGCAUGCGGAAUUUAGGCAGUUUUAUGGAUCGAAGGAGUCUAAUUUCCCUCCAUGGCUGAGGCAGGAAGAACUUGAAAUACUUCCUUCUGUAUUGAAAGAGAUAUUGGCAGGAAAAGAUGGAGUGGAGUUGGGUGGUUGGAUGCCCAUGUACAGUGCAGCCGAUGUGAAGGAUUGUAUGCUAAAGAUCAACACACUUAAUUAUGCUCAGGAAGUAUGCUACAACGGUACAUUGGUUAUAAAAGCAUUCAGCUCUGGUGUAGAAUUAGGGAGUUGUAAUUGGAUUCUAAAUGGUCCAAAGGGAGAUAUUGCUUAUCUUUCAAGCUCCUGCUUCUUUUCUGCGCAUGCAAUGGCUUUUGAUUACCGCAGUCUACAAGGGACUAGUGCAUUAAUUUAUUCAGAUUUCUCAUCCUUGAGUGACACACAAGAUAUUGAAGAUGGGGAUAAUUACACUGAUCCAGCUUCUGAUAAGUUAUUUCCACCGAGUUUUCAAGAUUCCGAUGGGUUCAACCUUAACACUGAUGAAGAUUUAGAAGAAAAGGAAAAACUAGUUUUCAUAUGCUCGUGUGCUAUAGAGUGUGUCAAAGAUGGUGGUUCGGUUCUUAUUCCUAUUAAUCGAUUUGGAACUAUUUUGCAGCUUUUGGAGGAAAUGACUACGUUACUCGAAGCAUCAGCUAUGGAGGUUCCAGUUUACAUAAUUUCUUCAGUGGCUGAAGAAUUACUAGCGUGGCUUAACAUCAUACCAGAGUGGCUUUGUAAACAGCGUCAAGAAAGAUUAUUUUCUGGGGAAUUUUUAUUUGCGCAUGUCAAGCUCCUAAAAGAGAAAAAGAUUCACGUGGUUCCGGAUAUUCAUUCACACGGACUUUUAAAGAAUUGGCAAGAACCCUGCAUUGUAUUUUGUCCUCACUGGAGUCUUCGAAUGGGUCCAGUUGUUCAUCUGCUUCGAAGAUGGUGCGGCGAUCCAAAAUCCUUGCUUAUCCUUGAGGAUAUGGAGAAUCUUGAGCUAGCACUAUUACCUUUCAAGCCAGUUGCAAUGAAGGUUCUUCAAUGUUUGUUUCCCUCUGGAAUAGGGUUGCAGAAAGUUCAACCUUUACUCAAGACAUUGCAACCAAAGACUGUUCUGUUCCCUGAAGAUUUGAGAUUGAAGACAAAUUUCUCAUGUGAAAAGUCUUUCUCAGUUUUGUAUUAUACCGAAGCCGAAACUCUAAAAGUGUCACGUCAAAAGGACAGUUCAGAGAUAAAAAUUGCUGCUGAUUUGGCUUCCCAUUUUUAUUGGAAAACCUUUAAAAAGGAAGGAAUCAAUGUCAACAGAUUAAAGGGGAAGCUAUUAAUGGAAAAUGGUAGACACCACCUGUUCUUAGAUAACGACAAAAAAACUUCCUCCGGAAAUAGUUCUUUGUUACGUUGUGGUUUACUAGAUUCAGAUAAAUUCCUAGCUGCAUUAUCAAAAAUGGGAAUUAAUGCAUCUACGGAACUUGGUACGAACGAUACUGGAUCAACAAAUGUUCGUAUAGUUCACACAGAAGAACCAUACAAAGCUUUGAUAGAGAUUGGAAAUACCAGUACAGCUAUUACUACUGUUGAUGAAAACGUCGCAUCCAUCCUUUAUAAAGCUAUAGGCAACAUUUUGGACGAGGUCUGAUAUAUGAUAGAUUUUAAUUUAUAGUUACUACUGUUUGUAAAAUCCUUGUAGGAUCUCUGCAUAUUAUUCAUAGUUAUUACUGUAUAAGUUAAUAACACAACUGUUAGUUGUUACUAUUUCAUGACUUUGUUUAUAAAAUUUAAUUCAUUCUACCUAU